GCAGGCGCUGAGGCAGGAGGCGCCAGUGGCCGGGGGGAGGCGCGACUCCAGAGCCUGCUCGGGACACCCCCGCACCCCGUGGUAGGAACCCGGACCCAAACAAAGGCGGGCGGCAGAUAAAAGGCGGCGGCGGUGCCGAGUGCUUCGGGUGCGCGCUGGGGACGCGGUUGUCACGGACCUGGCCGCAGUCUGCUCGGUCUGCUCGCCCGGGAGCGGAGCUUGGGGGCCGCUGGCCUCCUGCAGCUCUGAGGACCUUUCCUCCUGAGACUCCCCACAAGGGACAAGUGUCCGCGGCGGGGUGGCCGAAGCCCCCUAGCCCCUGCGGCACCAGUGUUUCUGCCUAGCUCAGCUCAGCCAGCGAGGUUAUGGACUCGGAGGAUGACCCCCUGCUGCAGGAUGUGUGGCUAGAAGAGGAACAGCAGGAAGAGGAGACCUCGGGCGAGGCCUGCAGGGGUGUCGCGGGGCCAGGGCUGCACUCCGGAGCACGGGGCUGCUGGCGACGCUGUACGCUGCCUUCCCGGCCCCCAGCCUCGGGGUUCUGGAGCACCCUGGGCUGGGCCUUCACCAACCCGUGCUGCGCGGGGCUGGUGCUGUUCCUCGGCUGCAGCAUCCCCAUGGUGCUGUCCGCCUUCAUGUUCCUCUACUACCCGCCCCUGGACAUCGACAUCUCCUACAACGCCUUUGAGAUCCGCAACCACGAGGCGUCACAGCGCUUCGACGCCCUGGCCUUGGCCCUCAAGUCGCAGUUUGGAUCUUGGGGGCGCAACAGGCGCGACCUGGCGGACUUCACCUCGGAGACCCUACAGCGCCUCAUCUCAGAGCAGCUUCAGCAGCUGCACUUGGGGAACCAUUCGCGACCUGCCUCCCGGACUCCACGCUCGGGCCCUAGAGACAUCCCUGCCACUCAGAGAUCAGCAGCCAAUCCGAGUGAGCGACGUCGCCGAGAGGCUCCGCCCCCUGGGGGUCAGGUAGCCAAUCAGAGCCGAGCCCGUCGGGGAGCCUCGCGCUGGGAUUACUCGCGCACCUAUGUGAGCGCCAACACCCAGACGCACGCGCACUGGCGCAUCGAGCUCAUCUUCCUGGCGCGCGGGGACGCGGAGCGCAACAUCUUUACGAGCGAGCGUCUGGUCACGAUCCACGAGAUCGAGCGCAAGAUCAUGGACCACCCGGGCUUCCGGGAGUUCUGCUGGAAGCCGCAUGAGGUGCUCAAGGACCUGCCGCUUGGCUCCUAUUCCUACUGCUCCCCGCCCAGCUCACUCAUGACUUACUUUUUCCCUACCGAGAGGGGCGGCAAGAUCUACUACGAUGGCAUGGGCCAGGACCUGGCGGAUAUCCGGGGCUCCCUAGAGCUGGCCAUGACUCACCCUGAGUUCUAUUGGUAUGUGGAUGAGGGGCUGUCUGUGGAUAACCUGAAGAGCUCCCUCCUGCGCAGCGAGAUCCUGUUUGGAGCACCGCUUCCCAACUACUACUCGGUGGAUGACCGCUGGGAGGAGCAGAGGGCCAAGUUCCAGAGCUUUGUGGUCACCUACGUGGCCAUGCUCGCCAAGCAGUCCACGAGCAAAGUCCAGGUCCUCUAUGGGGGCACAGAUCUCUUUGACUAUGAGGUACGCAGGACCUUCAACAAUGACAUGCUCCUCGCCUUCAUCAGCAGCAGCUGCAUCGCCGCCCUGGUCUACAUCCUCACCUCCUGCUCAGUGUUCCUGUCCUUCUUUGGGAUUGCCAGCAUCGGUCUCAGCUGCCUGGUGGCCCUCUUCCUCUACCACGUGGUCUUUGGCAUCCAGUACUUGGGCAUCCUCAAUGGUGUGGCCGCCUUUGUGAUCGUGGGCAUUGGUGUGGACGAUGUCUUUGUGUUCAUCAACACUUACCGCCAGGCCACCCACCUGGAAGACCCCCAGCUGCGGAUGAUCCACACCAUCCAGACGGCAGGCAAGGCCACCUUCUUCACCUCGCUGACCACUGCCGCGGCCUACGCAGCCAACGUCUUCUCCCAGAUCCCAGCUGUGCAUGACUUCGGCUUGUUCAUGUCUCUCAUCGUGACAUGCUGCUGGCUGGCUGUGCUGUUCACCAUGCCUGCGGCCCUGGGCCUCUGGAGCCUCUACAUGGCGCCCCUGGAGAGCUCCUGCCAGAGCAGCUGCCACCAGAAGUGCGGCCGCAAGAGCUCCUUGCAUUUCCCUGGGGACCUGUUUGCAGCUCCAGAGCAGGCUGGGGGCGGCCCUGCCCAGGGUCCCCUACCCUACCUGGAUGAUGACAUCCCCUUGCUGAAUGUCGAGGAUGAGCCAGUGUCUCUGGAGCUGGGGGACGUGUCGCUAGUCUCUGUGCCCUGUGAGGGUCUGCAGCCCGUCCCCGAUGGGAGCAGCAGGAGCCAGCUCCUCGCCCAGCUGCAAGAGCUGCUGCACCACUGGGUGUUAUGGGCAGCUGUCAAGAGCCGCUGGGUGAUUGUAGGGCUCUUCGCCUCCAUUCUCAUCCUGUCCCUGGUGUUUGCCAGCCGCCUCCGCCCCGCCAGCCGGGCCCCACUGCUCUUCCGGCCUGACACCAACAUUCAGGUGCUGCUGGACCUCAAGUACAACCUGAGUGCCGAGGGCAUAUCCUGCAUCACCUGCUCAGGUCUGUUUCAGGAGAAGCCCCACAGCCUGCAGAACAGUGUCAGGACAUCGCUGGAGAAGAAGAAGCGAGGUCCCGGGGCUUCCUGGGCCAGCCGGCCUGAGGCCACUGCGCAGGAGUCUGUGAGCACUGUGUACAUCUCCAAAGUGAAGAGCAAAGGCCAUCCAGCUGUCUACAGGUUUUCCCUCAAUGCCAGCCUACCAGCCCCCUGGCAAGCCGUGUCCCCUGGAGAUGGAGAGGUGCCAUCCUUCCAGGUGUAUAGAGCGCCUUUUGGUGACUUCACCAAGAAGCUGACCGCUUGUAUGUCUACAGUAGGGCUGCUCCAGGCGGCGAGCCCCUCCCGCAAGUGGAUGGUGACGGCCUUGGCCUGUGAUGCCAAGAGGGGCUGGAAGUUUGACUUCAGUUUUUACGUGGCCACCAAGGAGCAACAGCACACGAGGAAGCUGUACUUUGCUCAGUCUCACAAGCCCCCCUUCCACGGGCGCCUGUGUGUGACGCCACCUGGGUGCUUGCUCAGCUCCAGCCCUGAUGGGCCCACCAAAGGCUUCUUCUAUGUGCCUAGCGACAAAGUGCCCAAGGCUCGGAUCUCUGCCACCUUUGGCUUCAACCCUUGUGUGAACACAGGCUGUGGGAAGCCAGCAGUGCGGCCACUGGUGGAUACAGGGGCCAUGGUCUUCGUGGUCUUUGGCAUCAUUGGCAUCAACCGCACCCAGCAGAUGGACAACCACGUUAUCGGGGACCCGGGCAGCGUCAUCUACGACAGCAGCUUUGACCUCUUCAAAGAAAUCGGGCACCUGUGUCGCCUCUGCAAGGCCAUCGCGGGCAACUCGGAGCUGGUGAAGCCGGGCGGGGCCCAGUGCUUGCCGUCAGGGUACAGCAUCUCUUCCUUCCUGCAGAUGUUACACCCUGAGUGCAAGGAGCUGCCUGAGCCCAACCUGCUGCCCGGGCAGCUGUCCCAUGGGGCGGUGGGUGUCAAGGAGGGCCGCGUGCAGUGGAUCUCCAUGGCCUUCGAGUCGACCACCUACAAGGGCAAGUCCUCCUUCCAGACCUACUCGGACUACCUGCGCUGGGAGAGCUUCCUCCGGCAGCAGCUGCAGGCCUUCCCUGAGGGCUCAGCCCUGCGACGGGGCUUCCAGACCUGUGAGCACUGGAAGCAGAUCUUCAUGGAGAUCAUAGGAGUUCAGAGUGCCCUGUACGGCCUGGUCCUCUCCCUGCUCAUCUGUGUGGCCGCGGUGGCCGUGUUCACCACCCAUGUCCUCCUGCUGCUGCCCGUGCUCCUUAGUAUCCUAGGCAUUGUCUGCCUCGUGGUGACCAUCAUGUACUGGAGUGGCUGGGAGAUGGGCGCCGUGGAGGCCAUCUCCCUGUCCAUCCUGGUUGGCUCUUCUGUGGAUUACUGUGUCCACCUGGUAGAAGGCUACUUGCUGGCUGGGGAGAACCUACCCCCACACCAGGCUGAGGAUGCCAGCUCUCAGCGCCAGUGGAGGACCUUGGAGGCAGUUCGGCAUGUUGGCGUGGCCAUCGUGUCCAGCGCCCUCACCACCGUCAUCGCCACCGUCCCGCUCUUCUUCUGCAUUAUUGCCCCCUUCGCCAAGUUCGGGAAGAUCGUGGCGCUCAACACCGGAGUGUCCAUCCUCUACACGCUCACCGUCAGCACCGCCCUGCUGGGCAUCAUGGCCCCCGGCUCCUUCACCCGGACCAGGACUUCCUUCCUCAAGGCCCUGGGUGCGGUGUUGCUGGCAGGGGCCUUAGGGCUGGGUGCCUGUCUCGUGCUCCUGCGCAGUGGCUACAAGAUCCCCCUGCCCAGCGGGGCCACGCUAUAGCCCCGUGCUUGGGUCCUGACUCACGCACCUUUCACUGCAGCGGGGAUGAGGGGGUCUGAGACUCAAAGCCUCGGUUUCUGGCCCAGUUCCAACUAGCUCCGCCCGCAGGCUUCGUGGGACUGGGCCCCAGAGCUGUGUGGGCCACGCCACCUUUAUCACAGCCCAGACUGGGAGUGAAGCCAGACACCCCCACACUAUCUGGGCUGCAGCCCCCCCACUGAGGUCUGCCUGGCCGUGGAAGACUCCCUCCCACACCUGGACACCACCCGGCUUCCUGCCAGUGGGUCCUCUCACACUGCGUCAGUGCUCACGACCUGCUUGGUGGACAUUUCAGGACCCCCUACUCUAGAGAUGUGUAAACUGAGGCACCGGGAGGCAGGGACUGCCCUGUGGCUGGAUCGGGGCGGAGCCAGAGUUGCCUCAGAACGUAGGACUCCACUGGGCCUUUGCAGGAACAGCACAGCUGAUUCGGGACAGGGAGGCCACGCCCUCAACCACGCCCCCUCGGCUUUCUGGCGCGGGUGCUCGGUGACCCUGUGGCCCUUCCCAGGCCUGUACUCCAGCAGCAGAAACAGAGGCACUUCCUGGGGUGGUGCAUGUCCUAGCCCCGGCCCCAGCCUCCCUGGAGUUCUGCCUCAGCCAUCUUUACAGAUUCAAACCUCAUCUCCCCCCACCUGACUGAGAGUGUGUGGCGGGAUGUUGCGCACAUGGGGAGGGGCUGGCUGCGCCUGCCGCCUGCUCGCGGCAGAUGGUCCCUAUUAAAAUGAGACAAAACUGCAGACCGCCGCUAUUAACACAAGCAUUUUCAGCCUC